AUGCGAUUCAAGUGCGUGUCUAAGUACUGGAAAUCUCGAUUCUCCGAUCCUUACUUCACAAAGAAACACUUCCGCUACGCAGAGCUUGGCAUCUCCGAGAACACCUACAGGCUUCUUCACUCGUUGAACCCUCCUCAAUCUCUAGACCUCCAAGCACUCAAGAAUAUCAAGCAUCACAAUGACGGCAGUUUCGCCAACGGACACCUUGGUAUUCCCGAACUACUCCGCAAGUCUUGUCCUCGCAAGGGUAUUGUUGGUAGCUGCAAUGGUCUAAUAUGUGUUAUAGUAGCUGGGACUACACUGUCUAGAGGGGACCAACCAAACCAUUCAUGUUUUUACUCUAAAAUCGAGUUCGUGGAAUGUUCACCUAUUCCUGAUCCUGUUAGGAUAGUUGGUCGGGGGUUCUUUCUGAAUGGAGCUUUGCACUGGUUAGAUCAGGGAAAUCGUCAUAAAAUUUGGUGUUUUGAUUUGGUGGAGGAGAAGUUUCAUGACAUGAUUCCAUUACCUGAUGCUGAUAUUCGCUUUGAGCGAUUUCACGGUUUGAGAGUAGUUAGAAAUUGUCUUUGUGUGUUUAGUCACUUGGUUAGGGAUGGUGUUAGGAUAAUUUGGUUGAUGAAGGAGUAUGGAGUCAAGCCAUCUUGGACUGAAGUUGUAAGUGGUGAAUAUGUUCAAGAAUAUUAUCAGGAAUUAUCAAUUGAGUUUUAG